GCGGAGCGGGGGGCUGCGCUCGUGACUUCGCUUCUCCCCGCAGAGAGGCGCCGGCACCGCUGAGGGGACGAGGCGCUUUUUUCCCGGCCGGUGGCGGCGGGGCAGCACCGGACCCAGGAGGACCGAGGGAAGGACCGGCGGAGCAGCAUCCCGGCACGGGCCGUCCCGUCCCUGCCCUGCUCGGUGCGUCCCAUCGCGGCCCGCUGCCGCCGACCCGGGCCAUGGGCCGGCCCGACUGAGAGCCCGCGGAGCGUCCGGCAGCCCGGCCGGUGCUGCCCGGAGCGCCGAGGCGGGGCCGCAGCAGCGCGGGGAAGAUGCGCUCGGCGGCGCGGACAGCCGCGUUCCUCCUGCUCUGCGGGGUGGCCUUGGGUCUCUACUUCCCCAGGAAGGAGUACCUGGAGAAUGUCUACAUUGAUGCACCAGCAGGAAUGCCGCUCCUGCACAUCCAUGCCUUGAAGGAUUCACGUGAGGAAUCAGCUCACUUUCAUCUGUGCCAGAAUCUCAUAAUUUCUCGAGCAAGAUCGCAUGAAAAUAAUUGGUUCCAAAUUAGAGAAAAAACAGGACUUCUCUACCUCAGCAAAAGCCUGGAUAGAGAGGAUUUUAACAUGCUGUCUGUAGGAAAUUGGAUGCCGUUAUCCAAGGUGAUGCUGUAUGUCUUCCUUUCAUCCCACCCUUUCCAAGAGAGGGAAUGUGAUUCCGCUACACGCACCACGGUUUUUCUCUCUUUGAUCAAUGCUACGGCACCAGCUUGCAGUUCCCUGACAGCAAGGCAGCUUUGCUUCACAGAAAUGGAUCUCUCCUUUCACAUCAAGGAGAAUAAACCACCUGGUACAUUUCAUCAGCUCCAGUUACCCUCAGUUCAUCAUCUGUGUCAGAAUCUCAGCAUUUCCUACAAAUUGCUUGCAGCUGAAGGUGUUCCCUUUCGGUACAACGAGAACACCACCAGCGUUCGGGUGACGCGGAGCCUGGAUCGGGAGGAGAGGGAGAGAUACGAGCUCAUUGCCAAGUGCACCGUCAGAGAGGGGUUCAGGGAAAUGCAGGUUGAGGUGCCUUUCCUGGUGAACGUGUUAGAUGAAGAUGACUCUCCUCCCUUCCUUCCCAAUGGCACUGAUACUGCAGAUGCUGUCGUGGAGUUCAACAGGAAAGAGGGCACUGUUCUUUCCACGCUGACCGUGUACGAUGCAGACACCACACCUAUCUACCCCCUUGAAAGCAGCAGAAAGAAAUACACAGGAACCAUCAUUACUGAUGAUCCCUGGAUAAGUGAAACAUUUCGUGUAGAGCACAUCUUUGAUGAAAUCCACUUCAACCCAAAUGGCAGCCAAGUGAGGGGAACUCGGCAUGAGUACAAACUGGUACUGAAUAAAAGCAUUUCAGUCACAGAGCAUCGUUCCUUCCAGCUGGAUGUUUUGGUGAACGACACAGAAUUUCAGGGCCCAGAAAGAUCAGUGAUGCUUCAUUUCAAUGUCUCCAUCCUCCCUGUCAGCAUCCAGUUUUCAAACAUAACUUACCAGUUCACAGUGAACAGAAAUGCUGAACGCUUCGCACAAAUAGGAAAGAUCUGCAUUGAGAACUGCAUGAAAUUCCGUGGUGUAAACAUCACCUACAAGCUGCUGUCCCCCAACACGAGCUGCUAUCCUGUCAGCAUUCUGCAAGGCCGAGAGGACAAAUAUGGGAGCCUUUAUGUGAACGAUUCCUCUGUGCUGCGCAGACCUGAGUGCAAGGAAAUACAGUACACUGUUCAAGCUACAGACAAGCAGAGCAGGAAACACACCAAAACCCUCCUCACUCUUGUCCUGGAAGGGACUCUUUUAAGGAAAGAGGAGGACUGCCCCGACUCCUGUGCUAUAAGUAAGCACCGUGCUGAAUGUGAAGAGUGUGGUGGCCUGGGAGUGCUAACAGGAAGAUGCCAGUGGAGACAGGGGAGUGGGAAAGGGAUCACCACAAACUAUUCCACGUGCACCCCCAGCAUCAAGACUUGUCCGGAUGGCAUCUGUGAUGUGGUGGAGGGCAGAGACCCGGCUGUGUGCCCCCAAGACUGCACAAGUGGAAACAUUAUUGGUGGCCAUGGGAAGGGCACCGGAAAUCUUGGAAUUAAGUCGGGACAUGGGAUUUGUUACUGCUUCCCAAGACAGAACUGUUAUUGUGAGAAAGAUGAUAUCAAAGAGCAACUGUGUGAUGAUGUGUGCAAGACGGUGAUCACAGCAGCAGUGGUGCUGUGCUUCGUCAUCUCCAUGCUGGUUUCUUACUAUUGCAUCCACCGUUACCACAAGAAUUCCCCGAAGCCGCCCAUCGCCUCCGCGGAAAUGACGUUCCGGCGCCCGGCACAGUCCUACCCCAUCAGCUAUUCCUCCAGCAAUGUCCGCCGGCCUUCCCUGGAUUCCAUGGAGAACCAGGUGUCCGUAGACACCUUCAAAAUCCCUGAAGAUCCAAAGUGGGAAUUCCCUCGGAAGAACCUCGUCCUAGGCAAGACUCUUGGAGAAGGAGAAUUUGGGAAGGUUGUCAAGGCGACAGCGUUCCGACUCAAGGGAAGGGCUGGCUAUACCACUGUGGCAGUGAAAAUGUUAAAAGAAAAUGCUUCCCAGAGUGAGCUGCGAGAUCUCCUGUCAGAGUUCAACCUUCUGAAACAAGUCAACCAUCCUCAUGUCAUCAAACUUUAUGGAGCCUGCAGUCAAGAUGGCCCGCUGUAUUUAAUUGUGGAAUACGCCAAAUACGGCUCCUUGCGCAGUUUCCUCAGGGAAAGUCGAAAAGUGGGCCCGAGCUACGUGGGCAGUGAUGGCAACAGAAAUUCCAGUUAUUUGGAUAACCCUGAUGAGAGAGCCUUAACGAUGGGAGAUCUGAUAUCGUUUGCAUGGCAGAUAUCCCGAGGGAUGCAGUACCUUGCGGAGAUGAAGCUCGUGCAUCGGGAUUUAGCUGCCAGGAACGUGUUGGUGGCAGAAGGGCGCAAAAUGAAGAUUUCUGAUUUUGGCCUCUCACGUGAUGUAUAUGAAGAAGAUUCGUAUGUAAAGAGGAGCAAGGGUCGAAUCCCUGUGAAGUGGAUGGCCAUAGAGUCCCUAUUUGACCAUAUCUACACAACACAAAGUGAUGUAUGGUCAUUUGGAGUUCUGCUAUGGGAGAUUGUUACUUUAGGAGGCAAUCCUUACCCCGGUAUUGCUCCUGAAAGACUCUUUAACCUCCUAAAAACAGGCUAUAGAAUGGAGAGGCCAGAAAACUGCAGUGAAGAAAUGUACAACCUCAUGUUGCGUUGUUGGAAGCAAGAACCUGAUAAAAGACCAACAUUUACUGAGAUCAGCAAGGAACUAGAGAAGAUGAUGGUGAAGAGUAGGGACUACUUAGACCUGGCGGCUUCCACACCCUCCGAUUCCUUACUGUACGAUGAUGGGCUCUCAGAAGAGGAGACACCUCUCGUGGACUGUAAUAAUGCUCCCCUCCCUCGAACCCUCCCUUCCACAUGGAUUGAAAACAAACUCUAUGGCAUGUCAUACCCGAACUGGCCUGAGGAGAGCCCCGUUCCACUCACAAGAUUCGAUGGCACUAACUCUGUGUUUUCAAGAUAUGCAAAUGAUAGUGUAUAUGCUAACUGGAUGGUUUCACACUCAGCGGCAAAAUUUAUGGACAAGUUUGAUAGCUAAAAUUUUCUUUGUGAAAGGUAAUGGACUCCUGAGGAAAACAAGGAGGCAAAGAGUGGGAAGUCCAUUGGCUCGUUCUUUGUACAAUCAACAACUAACUUUUAAAUUGGCAAAUCCCUCUUUCAGUAGUUUUUGAAGUGUGUUAUUUAUGCUGAAGACUAUAAUUGAUACUCUCCCCUUUCAGAAAACAUAUCAAGCUGGAUAAGAGUUGUAGUUCUGGUACUUCUUUCUAAGUUGCCAGUUUGCAAAUGGUUCCAUUUGGCAACUUCUUAGUGCAAAUGGCCUUGCACUUCAUCCUUGGUGUUUUUGUAGACUAACCAUCCUGUGUUACAGCGUUCUGGGAUGGUAAUAUGUACUUGAACUGCUACUUUUAUAGUGGCUGUUAGCAUACAACCACUUGAUCUAAGCAGGAAGCACAAACAAUAUAGAGAAGGGAGGAGGGAAACAGGCUCCCAGAUUACUGAGCUUGCUAUCAAAUGACAAGUGUUAGAAUGAUGUUGGCACUAACAAAGCCAAUAUCUUGGUUUGGAAGCAAACAUUUAGUAACUCAAUAGAGGACUUGAGAUUCAACAUUUGAAAUCUUGUAAAAUGUAUUGUCUUGUCUUAAUGAGAAGAAAAUUUGUUUUAUUAGUCUUAACUUCUUACCUUUAGCACAAUGGAGAUAAAUUUGAUACAAGAUAAGCUGUAUAGACUGAUGGCAAUCAAGAGUGUUUGUCUGACACAUUUACUUUCCAUCGUUGACAUAUUAGUAAUGUUAAAGCAUACAAUCCUGUACAACCAUAGCUUCUUUUAUGAGUUAAAAAUAGGCCAUAUGGGAUUUUUAGAUUGAAUUCAUAGAAUAGUCACAUCAUAGAAUGGUUUGUGUUGGAAAGGAACUUGGUGGUCAUCUAGUUCCAACUCCCUGCCCCCCAGCCCACUUCUCUGUUGUGGGGAGGGAUACCUUCCACUAAAGCAGGUUGCUCAAAUUCCCAUUCAGCCUGGACUUGAACGCUGCCAGGGACGGAUGUGGCAUCCACUACUUCUCUUGGAAACCUGUUCCAGUACUGCACCACCUUCACAGUAAAGAAUUUCUUCUUAAUAUCUAACCUAAACCUGCCUCCUUUUAGUUUAAAGCCAUUCCCCUUCUCCUAACAUUACACGCCCCUGUAAAAGACUCCCUGUCCAGCUUUCCUGUAGGCUCCCUUUAGGUACUGAAAGGCUGCUCUAAGGUCUCCCUAGAGCUUUCUCUUCUCCAGGCUGAACAGCCCAAACUCUCUCAACCUGUCCUUACAGGUGAGGUGCUUAGCCCUGUGAUUGUGACCCUUGUCUGGACUCACUCCAGCAGGUCCAUGAACUCAUUAUGCUGGAGCCUCCAGGGCUGAUGCAGCACUCCAGGUUGGGUCUCACAAGAAAAGAGUAGAUGGGGAGAAACCCCUCCUUGACCUGCUGCCCAUGCUGCUUUUGAUGUAGCCUGUGAUACAGUUGGCUUGUUGGGCUGUAAAAAUACAUUGCCUGGUGAUAUUGAACAUCUUCCAUUCUCCAACCAGCCUUUGUGCUUGGGAUUGCCCUGACCCAGGUGCAUGACCUUGUCUUGCCUUGUUGAAACUUCAUGAGGUUUGUGUGGGCCCACCUCUCAAGCCUGUCAAGGUCCCUGUGGAUGGCAUCCCUUCUCUCCAGUGUGUCAGCUGCACCACACAGCUUGGUGUCCUUGAAAAACUUGCUGAGGGUGCCCUCGAUCCUGCUGUCAAACAUUGCCCAUCCCAUUACCAACCCCUGAGGAAUGGCAGUCUUCACUGGUCUUCACUGGACAUCAAACUGUUGACAGCAACUCUGAGUGUGGCCAUCCAGCCGAUUCCUUAUCCACCACAUGGUCCAUCCAUCAAAUCUGUGCCUCUCCAGUUUGAAGACAAGUAUGUCACGUAAGACAGUGUCAAAUGCUCUGCACAAGUCCAGGUAGAUGGCAUCACUCUUCUCUUAUCCACCAGCACUGUACUUCUGUCAUAGAAGGAUAUUUGUGGGGUUUGCCCUUAGUGAUGCCACGUGGGCUGUUACCAAUCACUUUUCCAUAUUUUGUCAUCAGGUUCCUUAGCUGGUUUGGAACCUGAUCUUCCCCUAUGGUGGGUGGUUCUUUAUUCUCACAGUCCCUGCCUUUGCCACCUCAGCAAAGGGGCUCGUGUAAACUUGGGCCUCAGUGGCUGAAGAACUUGCUGGUGAAGACUGAGGCAAAAAUGUCAUUGAGUCAGCCUUCUCAGUGUCCCAGGUAACCAAGUCUCCCAUUUCUUUCUGGAGAGGGCUCUCACUUUCACCAAUGUACCUGUAGAAGUUUGGUUUUUUUUGUUGCCAUUGAUGUCUCUGGCCAGAUAGAUUUCUGUAAGGGCUUUAGCUUUCCUGACCUGAUCCCUGGCUGCUUGGACAAUUUAUCUGUAUUCCUCUCAGGCUGUGAGUCCUUGCUUUCACCCUUUUUCUGUGGGGGAAGCAUAGGCUUCCUCUUGUGUUUGAGUUUGCCCAGGAGCUCCUUGUUCAUCCGUGCAGGUCUCCUGAUGUUUUUGCCUGACUUCCUCUUUGUUGCAUCGCUCCUGACCUUGCAAGAGGUGAUCCUUGAAUAUUAACCAGCUUUCUUGGGUCACUCUUCCUUUCAGGGCUUUAUCCCAUGGUCCUCUACCCAGAAGAUCCCUGAAGAGGCCAAGGCGUGUCCUCCUGAUGUCCAGGUUAGUGAGCUUGCUGUGUGCCUCCUCGCUGGCCUGAGGAUCUUGAAGUCCACCAUUUUGUGUCACUGCAGCCAAGGCUACCCUUGAGAUUCACGUUCCCCACCAGCCUCUCCUUGCUGGAAAGAACAAGGUCCAGCAUGGCAACUCUCCUCGUUUACUCCUCUGUCACUUCAAGAAGCAACCUACCCAUGUAUUCCAAGAAUCUCCUGGAUUGCUCAUCCUGUGUGUUGUCCCUUCAACAGAUAUUGGGGUAGCUGAAGUCCCCCGUGAGGACCCAGGCUUGCGAAUGUGAGGCAGUUGCCUGUCUCUCUGUAGAGGGUCUCAUCUGCUUGGGUCUCAUCUCCUGGCUGGGUGGCCUUAGACCCCCACUGUAAUGUCACUUUUCCUUGCCCUCCCUUUAAUCCUGACCCAUAAACUCCUCAUCCAACCCCAGUACAGCUCCAAACACUCCAUGUGGUCAUGGACUUAGAGGGCAACACCCCUUUCUGCUGUUCCUGUCUGUCCUUCUGAAAGGGCCUGUAUCCUUCCACUCCAACACUCCAGUCAUAGGAGCCAUCCUACCACAUAUCUGAUGCCAGUAAGAUCACAGUCCUGCAGGUGUGCACAGUCUCCUACUGCUCUUGUUUAUCCCCCAUGCUAUGUGCAUUUGCACAAAGGCAUUUUUGUUGAGCCCCUGAUGGAGCAAACUUACUGGCAGGAAUGGCUGGAAUUCCCUUGCACAGCACUUCAGGUUAGGUCUUGCAAUCCCUCUCCAGGCUCUGGGCAUCCCUUGCUGGUGCUGGCAUCAAAUGAGUAGGAGUGGAAUGGAUUGAGGAUUCCCUCUCCCAGCAACUUCAAUUUAAUGUCUCCUUCACCAGCUUGGCAAGCCUGUGACCAGAGAUGCUCUGCCUGUUCCUUGGCAGAUGGGCCCACAUCAGAUUCUGUCAGCCCAGGUUUUCAUUGCAAGUCCCCAGGAGCAGCCAGAGCCCUGGCUGUGGCACUAGACCCCUAACCAUUUACUGAUUUGCUAGAUUCACCUGGCCCUUUCAAAGCCCUUCCCUUUGACAGGGAGGACUGAUGAAAAAGCUGCCAGCACUUGAGUCCCUCACCGCCACUCCCAGGAAUCUGUAAUAUCCUUGGUCUUCCUCAGACCAAUCCUGGCUGUAUCCCUUGUGCCACGUGAAACAACAGCACAGAUAAUGGUCAGGAGACCGCGUGAGGCUUGGCAUGAGGCUCUGGGUGACAUCCCUGCUACAGCUCUCUGGUAAUCUGUCAGGUUGAUAAGUGGGUCCCUCUGUGCCUCUCAGAGGAGAGUUCCCUGCUACUCUUAUCUGUCAACUUCGCUCGUGCUGGUUGUUACACAGGGAGCAGAUGGGGCUGCCUUACUCAGCUCCAGCCUCACUUCUGAUGUGAUGGGUCCUCCCUCUCCAGCCUGCAGAGUGCUGAAGUGGUUCUGCAGGGGCACCUCAGGCUUCAGGGAAAUCUCUUCCUCCCACAGGUCAUUUCAAGGGUUCAUUCUUCUGCCUUACUGACACCCCCGCUCCCGUCUGUGUGUGCGUGGUGGGGGAGUUUUUGCCUCUUUACUGCAGGCUGCCCUUGGAACCAGCCAUCCAACUUCUUCACAGCCUGAAGUUAUGUUGUCUUCUCACCCCCUCCUGCAGCUCUGCCACAGGACGUCCUCUGCCUCAGCAUACCUUUUGCAGAUAUUCAAAUACAGAGAUUUUGUUUGCAGUAUUCUUAAGUGGGUUGGAGACCACCUCUCGGCUCCAGAAGGCAUAUACUGCCAUGCACAGAACACUGCCAUCAUAUAAUUCCAAAUAAACCUAACACCUUGAAAGUAACAAAUAAAAAACCAGUUGCACAGCAAAAUUGGUCUAAAACACCGCUGUUGAAAUUACACAAGGAAAAUGUCACUGGAAUUAUUUAAGGGGAAAUACAAAAAUGUUGUCCUUACAAAAGUGACUUGAUAUUUGGGAGAACAAUCAGACUGAGUCAUGUUCUAUGUGGAAGAGUAAAUGAUCAGCACUACUUUUGUCUUUAUUUGUAAUCUACCAUGGUUAAGGGUAACCUUUAGUUUGCUACAAAUGUUGGGAUGUAAAUCCCGAGUGACUCGUUGUUAGCGUCGUGAUGGUUAUUCUAAAUAAUCCAAUUCUACCAAAGCUUGCUCCUGUCACAGUCCAAUUUAGAUGUUUCAGAUCUGUUUUCGGAUGUUGUUUUGUGUAUCAACUUUAUGUUUCCAUUAAAGUCUGUGAUUUCAGAAACAUGGUGUCUGACUGCCAAAACCUGAACACAGAUUUUCAUUUUGCAAAAAGUGGGAUAUAAAGUGGUGUGUUGGAAUUGAAAGAGCUUCCCUGUUGGAUUGCAUACUUGAUCCUGUCCUGUUUUUGGACAAGCAGUAGGCACAGCAGCCUUUCCUUUGCACAGACAUUUGCCAUGUUGAGUAAUGCUUUUGCACAGCAAACACACAGCUCUGUAUGCAGGAGUGGCUCUGCUGUGAUACCACGGUGAUCUUCAUUGGCAUGACACAACGUCAGAGUGCAGGCUUGGAAAACAAAGGGCACUGAAAAUUAAACCCUUUACAUGGGCUGUUUUUUUCUAUUGAGGGAUCUAUGAGAAAGUAGACAAAAAUUACACUUGUGGUAACUUCAUGCUUUGUUUAGUUGUUUUCCUAUAUUUUAUGUCUGUAAAUGGGAGUUCCUCACUUGCCAUGAGCAACAAAGGCAUCAAGAAUUUUGGUUUUGUCUGCGUUUUUUUCUUCCUUAAAUGAAGAAUGUAACUUUAUCCAGUAAGUAUCUUCAGCAACAGUAUGCAACUGAGAGAUGUGAAGCACACAGUUUCUAAUCCCAACAGCCCUGUGACAACAUUGCUGGACAGUAGGUGAGUGGGACAGUAAGUGAUGCUGAAAUAACCAGUGGAUGCAGGGAGUAGUGUGUACUUUAGACUUUCAGCAUAGGUCAAUGUUGUUUCAGCCAUUAAUUUGUAUGAAAAAUUCACUAAUAGUCAUUGCUACCUAUUCUGCUGGACAUAGAUGAUGCAUAUAAAAUACAUACACGGUCCAUAAUUACAGUUUCCAUGCAUAAUAACCUGCAUUAAGUGCAGUUUAAAGAAAAAUUACGUGUUUCCUAAUCCAAUUAAUUUUGACUCCCCUCCUGCCUCAUGAAUGUUGGCAAGAAAUAGAUUAUUGCUUUUAAGUAUUCAUUCAUAAUAUGAAAGCUUCUUAUGUCUUCUGUGUAUGCUAUUUUUGUAAAUAUUUCCCUUGAAGUGUUUCCUGUUUGUUCAGUGUUGCCACUGGUCAAAAUGGUGACAAUUUUGUUUCAGUUCCUCUUUGGAGAGUAAAUGUACUUCCCACAUGGGAAAAAAGUGAUACAGCAGAUGAUUAUUUCCAUCGGUGCCAGAAAUACUUAUGCACUUGGCUGCCCUGAGGAAAGUGAAUUCAGAGGGAACAAAUGAUUCACCUAAAUAUACAGGUUGGAGGGAAUAACUUUCUAAAAAUUCUGCCAACCUUUUCUAAAUAUCUGCAGAAAUGAUAUGAUUUACCUGAUCGUGCUUUGAGUUGUGACACAUGGGGGGAGAGCAUGAAUCUUACAUGUCAGUACAGUGCUUAGAACAGCACAAGGACAUUAUUGCAGUAUUGGUUUCUACAAACUUCCAGAGGUAGGAUACUCAGAAAAUCUACUGUGAGCUUCAAGUUUUAAUUUGCAGACAUUAGCCUGUUUCAUAUAAUAGAAGUUCUUAAAAAUACUAUCCCAUGGAUAUGAGGUAUAUAAUGUUUAAAUCAUGGGGAUUUCAUCUACAAUUCAUCAUGCAAAAUAUGCAUGAAUCUCAGGUACCCUCAACUGGACCAUAGCAAUUCUCAAAGACAUACAGUAAAAGCAAGCUUAUAUUCCUUAUUGAUUAAGUAUCAGUCUCAUAUGAACAAUACAAGCUUCUAAAUACACCUAAAAAGAAUAUUUCUACUCUAACUUUUCAAAGUUAAAAAAAAAAUUGCUUAUAAUUUUGAAAUAUUUUGUUUCAAAACUCAGCUUACCUGAAACCAUUGUUUAUCACUGUAGCUGCACUGGUAAAUUUAUAACAAAAUACUGGAGAUAAUAUUCAAAAGUACCUGCCCUUAAGUAGCACCAGGGAAUGUUCUCCAUGAAGAAAGUGCAGAUGGGCCAUAAUGCGAUGAAUGGUUUGAUCUUUUCAGCCCAAGCAAACUUGCUGAAAAAGAACCGAAUCAUUCCUUAAAAAUGUAUGCAAGUACUUAAAAACAAGAAAACCUAAGCAUCCUCUCUACCUAACUUCAUAAAAUUCAAGUAGUCCCUCUGAAGUUAGUCGGAUCAUUCAUAAAUACAUUAUUCAUAGACAUUUUCUGGUCUAAAAUCCAAAAUUCCAAGUGUCAGCUAGCAAAAGUACAAAGGGUAUUACCAAAAUGUGGACAAAGCCUUGGUGUACCCAUCCCUGAUACAAAUUUUAACUUGCCUGUUGGGAAGCAGUCUGUAGAAUUAGGUACUAGACACUAGACAAUAGGUAAGCACAAAUAAAUUUCUAAUUUAUACCUAGAAAAGACAGUGAAUUAAGUAUUUUUUUGGUAUUUUUCAAGUUCUCCAUUAAAGCUGAGUUGUUGGUUUAAGCUGUGUUUUGUAUUUCUCGUUUAUAAACUUUGGGACAGCAACCUGUGUCUUCCAGUUACAACAGAGAGAUAAAUAUGCCUAAUGCAUUCUGAGAAAAUUAACAGUUCCUCUCUUUUUAUAGUGUGUUUUUUUUUGCUUUACCUGGUCUUUUAAAGGGUUACAUGUAUCUUAAAACAACAAAUUUCUUGCUGAAACCUUUUUCUUUGAGCUGUUAUCAAAGUUCAUUUUGCUGAUAAUAUUCUGAAGUUAACUAAAAGCAUAUUGCCUGCCUGAGGAUAGAUAAGUAAAUCUUCCCUUAAGAUCAUCAGAAAUAAUUAGCUCCUUGUUUGGGUUAAAAAGGUACAAUUCAUAAAAAUGCAACUUUAUCUCAUCUGAAAGCAGUUUCAUAUGGAUUACAGAGUAAUCUAAACAGUGAGAACAGUUUAAGAACAUUGCAGUUGUACUUGCCAUAGAUUUGAAAUCCUGAACAAUUCAGCCUUGAUCUGGAUAUCAGCCAAUCAUUGCAGAUCCUAAUCUGACUUUUCUACACUCAGCAGGUCACAUAAAUGAUUGUUAAAGCUCUUACAUAAUUUUUCAGCUGUUCAGGACUUUUCCUGACAUGAUCACAAUCGAAAGAGUUUGAUGUGAACACUGAUUUUCAUUUGGAACAUGUUCCACUUUCAUAGCUUCUUACCAAUGCAGUUUCUCUUCUGAAUUGACUGUCCUUAAGGAUGGAAGUAUUUUAAAAUUUUUAAUAAAACUAAAUCAAA